UAGGUGCUCUUUGGAUGUGCAUUGUCUUAAAUCCCCACUGCAAGUCUGAGCAGAAAGCUAGCUGGCUGAAACAGCUGAAGAAGUGGAAUAGUGUGGAUGUCUGUCCCUGGGAAGAUGGCAACCACGUCAGUGAGCUGCCCAACUUAACCAAUGCCUUGCCUCAGCCCGGAAAUGCCAACCAAGAUUCCUCCCAUCGGCCUCACCGAACAGUGUUCACACGAGCCAUAGAGGCAUGCGAUCUCCACUGGCAAGAUAGCCACUUACAGUACAUUAUCAGCAGCGACCUUUACACCAACUACUGUUACCAUGACGACACUGAAAACUCACUCUUUGACUCCCGUGGGUGGCCCCUCUGGCAUGAGCAUGUCCCUACUGCUUGUGCGCGGGUGGACGCACUGAGGUCACAUGGCUACCCACGGGAGGCCCUCCGACUAGCAAUAGCCAUUGUCAACACUCUGAGAAGGCAGCAGCAGAAAAGAAUGGAUAUGUUUCGACUGCAAAAGAAAGAGCUGCUUCACAAAGGCUUGACAUCCAUCACAAAUCUGGAAGGCUGGGUAGGACAUCCCUUGGAUCCAAUCGGUACUCUAUUUAGCAGCCUCAUGGAGGCUUGUAAGGCAGAUGACGAAGGGUUUCACGGCUUUUCAGACUUCACAGAUGGCUUUGGGCAUUGCAAGUCUCAGGAAUACCAACACCUGUCUCCACACAAGUUUCUGGAAGAAGGAGAGUCUUACCUAACACUGGCUGUGGAGGUUGCUCUGAUAGGACUGGGGCAGCAGAGGAUCAUGCCAGAUGGCUUGUAUGCACAAGAGAAGGUCUGCCGAAACGAGGAGCAGCAGCUCAUCUCUAAACUACAGGAAAUAGAGCUGGAUGAUACGCUGGUGAAAAUCUUCAGAAAACAAGCAGUCUUCCUACUAGAAGCUGGACCAUACAGUGGUUUGGGUGAAAUCAUCCAUCGAGAGAGUAUUCCAAUGCACACAUUUGCCAAGUAUCUCUUCACCUCCCUCCUACCUCACGAUGCUGAACUGGCAUACAAAAUUGCACUGCGAGCAAUGAGGUUGCUAGUGUUGGAAUCCACGGCUCCCACUGGAGACAUGUCCCGCCCGCACCACAUCGCCUCAGUUGUUCCUAACCGUUAUCCCCGUUGGUUCACCCUGAGUCAUAUUGAGUCGCAGCAGUGUGAGCUGGCAUCUACAAUGCUGACCGCAGCCAAAGGUGAUGUUAGGCGACUGGAAACAGUGUUAGAAUCCAUCCAGAAAAACAUCCACUCCUCAUCGCACAUAUUUAAACUUGCACAGGAUGCAUUUAAAAUUGCGACUUUAAUGGACAGUUUACCGGAUAUAACUCUUUUGAAAGUAUCUUUGGAGCUGGGCCUUCAG